CUUAGAAGCUGAUUGAUGUCUCCUAAUUCUUUCUUUCCUUAUUCUUCAUCAAAUCUGUCUCCUCUUAGAAGCUGAUUGAUGUCUCAAUUUCCCCUUCAUCAGGAAGGGGGCUCUCAUCGAGAUUUAGAAAGUGGUGGGGUCCAUGUUCCGGGGCCAUCAAGAAGCCAAUGGAACCCUGCACAUCUGAACCUUGCACCACCGUCGUCAGAAAUGAUUAUUACGAUCAUCUGUAUGGUAUGGAUGAUCUUGGGGUUCCUCUUGAACCUCAACUAUCCAAUCAACGGUGGUGAUUUCAACAAAGUCCUGAACGCUUUAUUCCAUCAGAAUCCGAUCUCCUUCUACUUUAUUGUCAUUAUCGGUACAGCAGCCUUCUACUUAACGUCGGCGUGGUUGAUGAUGAUAGUGGGUAGAUUCCGGCCUCCCAUGGCCAGAAAUCUCGCCCUCGUUAUCCUGCUUCUUGGAGUGCUGUCCGUCACAGUGUUACUGAAUGCUCUGCUCUCCAACAAGUUCAGUUGGAUUUUAUGGAUCUUCUUCGCAGUAACCAUCUGGAUCACGUUGGUUAUGGAAGGGUGUGAGCGUGCUAUACGAUGGACGGACAAGAUUCGCAUGUUGGUUAUGCAAGGGUGUGAUCGUGCUACCCGAUGGACGGACAAGAUUCGCACGUCAGUUGUGGAAGGAGUGGAACGAGCUAGACAGUCUCAGUGAUGCUCAUCGUCAAAUUCAUAUGAGAUUUCUACGCUGACGGUUCAUUUGUACAGAGGAAGGGUGUCACCACCUAUGAUCUAGAUAGCGCUGAUGAGAGGACUGAUUUUGAUUGUAUCACUCGAUGAUACAUGUUGAAUUACAAGUGUGCUGAAAUCCUGUAAUUGCAAGCAUAUAUGGAUGAACGAUAUGUUGAUCUCACCCUGAUUGUGAGCACCAGGAAGCAAUGUUGAUCACUUGAUGUGAUAUGGCAGAUAUGAAGGAAGGAGGAAAGUGAAGGCAAGGUCAAGCGCAUAUCGGUUAGGAGUGAGGAGGGGUACAGGCUACAAGUAUAGUGAAGGGUAGUAUUAAUGGAGGAUUGGUUUAGGGUUGUUGACUUGUAUAAUGUUUUAUAAUGUGUUAGUUUUUGAACCUUAUACAUUUUCUUGAUAAAUGACAGUUUGAUUAUUAUUAUGACUGGUUUUUAUUAUUAUUGCUCUUGGUAAUUGUUAUUUCAAUGCACUUUUCUUA